GUGUGACCUCAAUGUCACACCGUAUUUCAGUUGCUGCUGUGUUCGUCUUAUUGCAGGAGCAGCCCAUUUCAAACUAGUUUCUGCACUCGACUUUGCAGACUCUUCUCUCUGGAGCCGUGUGGUAUGAGAGAGGUUGAAGGCAGAUACUUGAGUUUUGCGGUUAAGCCUCAGUGGAUCACAUAAAUCCUGCUCGAUCAGCAGAAGCCACGCCAUCACAGCAGCUUGUUGGAGCAGUCAGGGAGUGACGCCAUAUGGAGCAGGUCUUUCAUAACCGGGAUGUGAGGAGCAGAGCAGGAGAGAUCAUCUUCAGGAGAGGAGAGCUGCUGCUGCUGCUGCUGGAGGAAGAAGAAGAGGAGGAGGAGGAGGAGGAGGAAGGGCUGAAAGCGGAGGAUUCUGCUCCAUCCUUCAGCAUACAGCAGGACUUCUUCAACACCCGGACCCAGAAGAACACAAGGACUAAGAAGGGACAAGAUCGAGUUGAUGUGACAGUGAAUCUUCUUUCUUUCAUCCCCCUGUUUUUCUUAUCCUCCUCACUCGCCCCUCCUCUCCCUCUCUCCUGAUUCCUCUGCAAAGCGCCGGGCUCUUUUUCUACUCGUCUAAGGAGCGGAAUUUCUAUUUCAGCAGGGAUUCUAACAAGAAAAGUCUCUGGGAAUGAUGCUGUUGCUUCCGGUGCCACCGGCGCUGUCACCAUGACGAUGCCCUUCAGCCCCCUGUCCAGCGACGAGGAGCACCAAAGGAUGCUGGGAAACAAUCGACAUCUGUAUCCAGGGGCAGAGGACGAGGAAGAGGAGGAGGAAGAGGAGGAAGAGGAGAUGGAAGAGGACGAGCAGGAUGGAGAGGAGGAGAAUGGCGAGCUGGAGGGAGAGGAGGAGGACGAGGAGGAGAUGGUGGAGGAGGUCCGGCGAGGAGGCUUGUCGAGAGGAGGGAGGGGGGAUGCCCACAGGCAGUCGGCUAAACCGGCCGGACGUCCGACUGGAGCGGGCCGGACGGGAAACCCGGGACACACGACAAACCCGUACUCUUCCAAUCCUGGGUCGCAGCUCCAAGCAACCAAUCAGCAGCAGAGACGGCUGAAGGAGCGCAGUAGCAGCUCCGUGCCAACAGAGGACGCUCACAUUGCCAUGAUGGUGUUUCGCAUCGGCAUCCCGGACAUCAAGCAGACUAAAUGUUUGCGGUUUAACCCAGACGCCACCGUGUGGAAGGCCAAGCAGCAGGUGUUGUGUUCGCUGACCGAGUCUCUGCGAGACGUCCUGAACUACGGUCUGUUCCAGCCGGCCACCGACGGCCAUGAUGCGAAGUUUCUGGAGGAGGAGCGGCUGCUGCGGGAGUACCCACAGUCCUUCGAGAAAGGGGUGCCCUACCUCGAGUUCCGGUACAAGACUCGAGUCUAUAAGCAGACCAACCUGGACGAGAAGCAGCUGGCCAAACUGCACACAAAGGCCAGUCUCAAGAAGUUCAUGGAUUACAUUCAAACCAGCGCUGUGGACAGGAUGACCAAGUUCCUCGAGAAGGGACUCGACCCCAACUACCAGGACUCGGACACCGGAGAGACACCGCUGUCCCUGGCUGUCCAGUGUGAACCGGGAGGAGGCGAGUCCAUCCGGGUUCUGGUGGACGGGGGCGCCCACAUCGACUUCCGUGCCAAAGAUGGACUCACACCGCUACACAAGGCUGUUCGAGGCCACCGCCAUAUAGCUCUGCUGGUCCUGCUGUCUCUGGGCGCCUCUCCAGACUACAAGGACCGUCGAGGGCUGACACCGCUCUACCACACUGUGCUGACAGGGGGCGACACCUCCUGCUGUGAAACUCUGCUCUACCACCACGCCAAGCUGGGCAUCAGGGACGAGAACGGCUGGGACGAGACCCAUCAGGCGUGUCAGCACGGGAACUCGCAGCAUCUGGAGCAUCUUCUUUUCUACGGAGCGGACUCGUCUUCCCAGAAUGCAUCAGGAAACACUGCCUUGCACAUAUGUGCUUUAUACAACAAGGAAAGCUGUGCACGAAUCCUGCUGUACCGAGGAGCCAACAAAGAGACCAAGAACAACAGCGGCCAGACGCCCUUCCAGGUCGCCGUCAUGUCGGGCCACUUUGAGCUGGGCGAGAUCAUAAAGAACCACAGGGACGCAGACAUUGUUCCCUUUGUGGAAUCUCCAAAGUACGCCCCCCAGAGGCGAGAGACUGCCCGAACCCUGGCCAUCCCCCAGCCUCACCCCUUUCUGAGAGCCAACAGUGACAGCAGCAUGAACCUGCCCGAGUGGAUGGCAGUGCCCAACGCCCCGAGCAGCAACAUCGUCUCUGUGCAGGGAUACAAACACACGGGAACUCUGCGGAGCUCCAGCAGUCCCAGAGGGGCCAGGACACGUUCCCCAUCCAGAGGGAGAAUCGCAGACAAGGACGACCGCAGCCGCCAGAGUCGGCGGCAGACGGGUCUGGCUCCUCUCAGUGCUGCGGGGCAGACAGCCGGCCAGCGCAGACGUCUCUACAGUGCCGUCCCAGGACGCGUCUUUGUGGCCACUCGAGCCCACUCUGCUCAGGGAGAGAGGGAAAUCAGCUUCAGCAAGGGAGACCGGGUCAAAGUGUUGAGCGUCGGCGAGGGCGGCUACUGGGAAGGGACUGUCCGAGGGCGCACGGGCUGGUUCCCCUCUGACUGCGUGGAGGAAGUGAUGCAGCGCAGCCAAGAGAACCGAUCAGAGAGUCGAGGAGAGCGAGCCAAAAGGUUGUUCCGGCAUUACACCGUGGGCUCCUAUGACAGUUUUGAUGCUCCCAGCGACUACAUCAUCAAGGAGAAGACAGUGCUGCUGCAGAAAAAAGACAGUGAGGGUUUCGGCUUUGUGCUGAGAGGAGCCAAAGCGCAAACCCCAAUCGAGGAGUUCACUCCGACGCCUGCCUUUCCGGCUCUGCAGUACCUGGAGUCAGUGGACGAGGGUGGGGUGGCGUGGAGGGCCGGACUCAGGAUGGGGGACUUCCUUAUUGAAGUCAACGGUCAAAACGUUGUGAAGGUGGGUCACCGACAGGUCGUCAACAUGAUCCGGCAAGGCGGCAACAGCCUCAUGGUCAAGGUUGUCAUGGUGACCCGCAACCCAGACAUGGAGGAGGGUUCCAGAAAGAAAAUCCCGCAGCAGAGCAAGAGGCUGAGCACACCGGCCAUCGCGCUCCGUUCCAAGUCCAUGACGUCGGAGCUGGAGGAGAUGGCUGCUACCCCUUGGAAAAAAAAAUCAGAAUUCGAAUCCUCCCAAGUUUCCGAGAAGAAGAGGACAGUCUAUCAGAUGGCUUUGAAUAAACUAGAUGAAAUUCUUGCAGCAGCUCAACAGACAAUCAGCACCAACGAGGCGCCGGGGACACGGGGACAGGGGCCGAAAAGAGACAGAGGACGGAGCUUCUAUGGCAAUGAGCAGAACUUUCUGGAUCAGUCCUCCAUGGGGAUGAUGCCGUCUGGGUUGGGUCUUGGGUUUGACCGUGGCCAGUACACUUCCGGUCACGCCCCACAGCACGGUAUGCUGCGGCAGAAGUCCAUCGGAGUGCCCGAAGAGGAGAAGCAGUUUCUGCAUCCUCCCGCAAUGAAGUUUGCACGCAGUCUAUCUGUGCCUGGCCCAGACGACAUCCCCCCUCCUCCCACCACCGCUCCACCAGACCCUCCGUUCUCCUCUGCACCCCCACUGGGUUGGAGAGCCAAGUCGUCACAGCAGCCCUCUGUCUCUGUGUCCCAGUCCACGUCUACCGCUUCCCACUAUCAGCCGUACUCUCAGCCAGUGCACUUCACCCACGGAGGCCGAGAGAGAGCAGCAAGUCCCAGCGCCAUCACGGCCGAACACACAACUUCAUAUUCUCAUGCGGCUGCUCACGCUGCUCAAGUCCGGACUGCUUCGCGGAAGGUUGCCUAUGCUGGGGAGCCUGCUGGAGCUGGCAUGGGAGUUGGUUUAGGAGCAAAGCAAGCGGGUUUGCGGAGAGGAUACAGCUCUGCUGUUCCCCCAUCCAGCAUUGCAACUGUAAUGCCACAGCAACAGCAGACUACCCAGAGUCAACCCCAGCGAACAGACCGCAGUGCAGUCGGAGCAGGAGGUCCUAAAGGAGGGGCUCGCAGAGGUAAGGGCCCGUUAGUCAAGCAAUCCAAGGUGGAGGACCUACGCAUGAGUCAGGGUACGCUCGGAGGCAAAGGCUCUUUAGAGAAAAGUUCCAUUCCCAUUCCCACGAUCAUCGUCAAAGCUCCUUCAACAAGCAGCAGUGGACGCAGCAGCCAGGGCAGCAGCGUGGAGGCUGAUGGACCUGCACCAGGAGAGGUUGAUGAUACCAAAUCCCCUCAUGGCCCUUCUACCUCUACUUCUUCAUCCCAGCCCCCUGCCCCACCAUCUGUACCAGCCCCACCUCCACCAUCCUUACCGUCUUUGAGACAGCAGGAAAACCUGGACUACACCAGUCAGUUUGGCGCUGCAAUCGUUGGGGCCGCCCGCAGAGACAGGGAACGGUUCAUUGAAGCUCGUCGAAAGAGUGCCUCUUUGUUCAUGUCUGCCGAGGAGGACAUGGGCCUAAUUGGAGUUAGUGACGGCAGUGGAGGUGGAUCAAGGACUCAAAUGUCACAGCAACAGCUUGGCACUCAGGGUGAGAGUUCAAGGCUACGUCCCUCAAAGUCCAUAGAUGAGGGCAUGUUUUCUGGGGACACAUUUAUUCACCAUACCCGCAGCAUGCCUCCAGCCUUUGGCUUACCUGAGUACUCCUCUUCCGCUUUGGACUAUCAACCCAAGUCUGUUCCAACCGACUUGUACACAUCUGCUGGCAGACAGCAGGCACCCUCAGCCACGACCUUCAUCCACCCUCUGACAGGAAAGGCUCUCGAUCCCACGUCACCGUUAGGCCUCGCACUGGCAGCCAGAGAGCGUGCGUUGAGAGAUGAUAGCAGAUUUAGGAGGGGAACAGAUCACCACUUCAGUCGUCAGAUGUCAAGUGGGGUCUUUCCAUCAUCUACUGUCACCUCUCAGGUGGUAUCAUCGACUGCGCAGUCCUCCAGCUCCUACCUGGUGACCUCAUCUUCUCUGGCAGCCACUACACCCACUGUGGGCCGACCGCCUUCACCGAGGGUCCUCAGAAGUGGGGGUAAUGUGUGGGUCGAUGAUGGUGCUGUGGGCGAUAGGGAGCGAGAAGGAGGCGGAGCUAGAGAGGGACUAAGAGUUCGUUUCUCUGAAGAUCAAACUGUCCACACUCACCAUUACCAGUCUCAACCAUAUCAGCCAUCUUUCAAGGAGAGGGAGAGGGAACGGUCAAGGGAACGUGAGAGGGAGCUGUCCAGGGAGAGGGAUAAAGACAGGGAAGGUUUCCUGAGAGGGGUGGAGCAGGCGGUGCCCAAUGUCUCCAAUCAGCCAGCAUCCCAAACCCAGCAGCCUCAGAGACCAUCUUUUCUGAGGAUGGAAAAUCAAGCCGACACCUAUGUCAUGUCACUCACUCCACCAUCUCCUCCUCCUACCAGUACUCAGCAGCCAGCGACCGCCUCGGGAAGCGCUGGAACUGGGCUGAUGGUUCUCCCUCCACCUGCCCCGUCAGUUGAUGCGGACGAUGAAUUUGUCUACGCCGAGCCCCUCCCACCACCACUAGAGUUUGCAAACAGCUUUGAUCGAGGGAAUGGGACAGUCGUGGGGUACUCCCACCACAGAAACCUUCCAAGUGCCCUGACCUCCCGCCAACAGCAAGUUCCCCCUCCUCCUCCACCGCCCCCACCACCACCGCCUCCUCCACCCCCACUCCAGAAAGAAACCUUUGGAGUUAGCUUUCCUGCACACACACCUCUACACUCACCGCAGGCAGGCGACUCUACUGCUUCAAGUCUUACGUCAUAUGACAGCGAAGUAGCAAAUCUAACUCAGUCUGCUCCUUCACCUUCUCAGACAUCACCCAACCCGCUUCCCCCGCCUUCUCCUUCGACACUGCAGCCCACAUCAGUAGGUCGUCCCCCACCCCCUCCGUCUGUCUCCCCACCACCCCCUCCUGGGUCCUACCACAAACCCUUCUCGGUGUCUCACCCUCAACACCUUUACAACAGUACUCACAUUUCUGGCCGUUCCUCACCUACACAUCCGCACCAUCCUCCUGCCUACCGUCACCCACCUGCUCUCACCUCCACUGCCGCCUCCUCCGCUCCACUCAGGGGUAAUGCAUCCAUUGCCACGACCGCUAGCUGUGCCCCUACAACCACCGCUGCUGCCACCACGACAAGCACCUCCACUCAGUUGUACCAUGAGCGCACGCACUCGGCAUAUUCAACCUCGUCCACCUCCAUCACAAGUAGUCGAAGAGUCGAUCACCAUCGUCCUGCUCCCACAACAAAAAAAGGAGAGUCCCAGGAGACAGUGGUAGACUCUGGGAUCGAAGAGUUGGACAGUCGUAGCAGCAGUGAUCACCAUCUGGACAGCCUCUUGGCUAAUGUCCGUGGAGACAGGCUGGACCGAGGAAGGGUGGGGAGUGGGGGGACAGGGGACUCGGACAGAGGAGGCGACUUUCUGGAGUCUUACAUGAGUUAUCUGGAUGGACAAACUUUUGAAAUGCAGAAUGCCACAGCAGCAGCCUCCACAUAUCCGAAAACGAACCGAUUCAGAGAAGGAAGUCGAACCAGCGAUCUGAACAGGCAGACCAGUACUGCUCCUCCAUCAUUGCACUCCCACAGACGAAGGGUAGAACAGCAAGAAGAGGAAGAGAUGGAGGAUGGAGUGACAGAGGAUGAAAGUAGCCACGAUGCUUAUGGCAGAGACAUGCAGAACUUGGGAAGGCCCAGUUCGCCCUAUUUCGAUCGGCCUCGCACUCCUGAAAUGAAGCCUCUCUGGGGCGAGGGCCACAACGAAGGGGGCCAGUUCGGCUCACUUUUAGAGGGAAAGAAGAUUUAUCCUCCUGCAUCCAGUAUGAAGCCUAGCAUCAUCAAUGAGCUGAGCUCCAAACUGCAGCAAAGAACUAAGGACAGCUGGAGCAGCCAGAGACCCCUGAGCCGAAACAGAUUCUCAGAAGACUCCGCCUCAGCUCUGAGCCCCCCAUCUGCGAGAUCCCAGUCACCAUCUCCAAUAUCAUUGUCACAGCCAUCGUUGUCCCCGUCCCCGACUCCUGCUUCGCAGUACCCAAACUGGGGAAGAUCUCCAUCCCCUCAGCCUUCCACCCAACCCCCAAGAUCCCAUUCCCCACUGUCACCAACGUCAUACUCUCCUUACCCCACCUCCCCCAAACACAGACCUGUCUACCGGACCAAAGCCCUCGAGUUUCAGUUCAUACCUAGCCGAGAGUCUCGUAAAGCCGAGUCGCACAUGCUCCAGCGGCGGCGGGCCCCCAGUCCACUCAUCUCCCCAUCAGAGAGGCCGAAAUUAGGUCCACCACGUCCCUCCUCUCUCCCUCUUCUCCCUACAUCCCCGCUCUACAGCGCCAUCUAUGACUUGCGGGGCUCAAUCACACCUCCGUCACCAGGGAACCCACUCGGAGAUCCUUACUUCUCACCCUCUCCACCUCUAUUCGCCCCUUCGGGUGCUCCCCCCCCUCCAAACUCCAACUUGGUCGUUUCUCGAUCCCUCUCUCCGACUCAUUUCCUGUCUGGGACUUCUUCUCCACCCUUGCACCCAAUCCCGCCGCCUACUUGCCUCAGCUACCCUCAUCUACCGCCGCCCUCCCCUACCAAGCCCUUUGCAUCGAAGCCCCUGCCCUACUGGAACAAGUACGACGUAGCGGACUGGCUGGCUUACCUGAAUUUAAGCGAGCACAGAGAACGUUUCCUGGACAACGAGAUUGACGGCACUCACCUGCCCUCCCUGACCAAGGACGACUACCUGGAUUUGGGUGUGACCCGAGUGGGCCAUCGCAUGAAUAUAGAACGGGCUUUGAGGACGGUGAUGGACAGGCUCUCCAGCAGCCCCUUCCCCAUUUCUGUUCUGUCCCCUCGGGAGGGACAGGCGGAGAGGAGGCGAGAGGAUGGAAGUCGGAGCUGAAGUCUGAACAAGGCAAUGAAAGUGGCGCCCAGGAAGACUGCUACCAUCACUCUGGAUGACACUGAGGGGGAGCAGAUAUGGUGAAGAGGAGGCACGUCCCACCAUGAAGAUGAGGGAAUGGUAAAAGGGCUGACGAUCCAUAGAGACACCACCUGGCAUCCCCAGUUACCCCAUCACACACACGCACACACACGCGCACACUAGAGCGUCCAGAGCGUAUGACCUGACAGUUUGGCACCGGCAGCCGGUCGACUUUAAAGCAAAGCUGUGGUAAAGUGAAACCGUCAAAAGGGAAUCAGACUGUGGAGUCUAAAUCAGCUCCAAAUGAGACAGUGAGAUUCAUGCUGCUCUUUGACCUUGAUUUUGAAAGUCAAGGUCGACGCAAACAGUGUCAACCGUUUUGAAAAGUUCUGCACGGUGAGGUGACUGCUCCGAGUUAAGUGGCGUCGUCCUGAAACUGAAACACUGUUUCAGUGUUCCAUCUUCGCCCAAAAAGCUGCCGACCUUGACACCUUCGUGAUGCAAUCCGACCUCAACACCUCAGGAUGUAGAGGUUUUGACUGGGUUCCCACUCAGCGACUCGACGACAACAGUGUCACGUCUACAUCAAAGUCGAGCGGCUGCUGAACUCACUCUGCCUGUAGUUGUGCUCCGCAGUGGUCAGUGCCGAGCCACUGUGGUCCACUGGAGAUGAGGGUCAGGAUGCUGUCGCCUUGCUCUCCUGCUUUACUGACUGCUGAACUUUGACAGACAUCAUGUUGAAAUUUGACCUAUAUUUUCAUGCUCACAUUCACUGAUUCAUUUGUUCAUCUUCCAUCACUAAGGCCAGACAUUCAGAUAAGGUUAGUGGGAAGUUUGUUAUCUCUGAAGAAGCUGAUAGCAGGUGGAGAGGUUUCAGAGUUCAGGUGAGCUUGAAGGGAGGAGGCCUCAGAGUGGACAGAGGAGUUCAGGUUAUUGGAGGCUGCUCCUGCUGUUACCAUGCAACCAGCCAUGAAUGAGUGAACACAUGUUAGAGGACGCCGUCAGUAACCGGGAUUGGCCGGAAUGUUUUGCUUCCAGACCGGCGCUUAAGUCGUGACCUCAUCUCCAGUCGAGCCUGCAUUUCCUCCCCCAUCCUGCGUUUCCCGCACCACACACACACACACACACACACACACAUGCAGACUGGUCACUGUAUCAUGAAUUUGUAGCAGAGAAAGUGCCCGGCCGCCUGCAUGUACACACGUGUCUGUGUCGGCGCCAACGGGACACGAUUCGCUUCACCUUCGGAUCCUUUAAGACGAGACCCGAGGAGGCUUUCACUGACGCAGAGACUCUGUCCGGCCAGGAACGGGACGGGAAGAGGACCACCUGCCAUUUCUCUUGCUCCUUCCCGCCCACUUCCCCCUCCAGCAGCCACUGAUCCAAGAGAAGAACUAUCACUUUUAAUACUCCGACUCUUCUUACAGUUUUUAACGGGAACAUUGAUAUGAGCCGAUGUAUUGUCGUCUCUCGUCAUCUCGUCGUCCUGAUGCUCGGAGGUUUGUGAACGGGAACUUCCUGUGAGGAGCAGCACGUGUUUCCUUUACCUUUCAAGCACCUGAAUCUGAGCCUGGCUACGACGUUGGAGAACUCCAUCCACGACACCUUCCCUCCAACGUCGCGGCCCUGCUCAGCCUUUACGCUCCUUUGUUGUGAAUCUCCAAUCCCAAUGUGAAGAUGGCGCUCCCGAGUCGGCGAGCCUCCUCCCAGCUGUCGGCGUGACGACGACGUUUGCUGCUUCUGCUCACGCCAUUGUAGAGUCCAGCAGCACUCUGGGAGCUGGUAUCUCAGUCUCCCCUGAGGACUUCCUGCUCCCUCCCAGAGUGCCACUCUACUCCAGGUACUCCCUCCAUCAGACACGCCUAACAUUCAUCUGAGAAUUCAGGACGUAGAUCAGUUAUAUUCAUUAACCACUAUUAAGUACAGAUAUGAGCAGCAGACUGAAAAGGUCGCCUUUAUUCAUCUAUUUUUGCAUUUAAAGAAUAUUAAAUAAAAGUUAUAUAUAUCUAUAAAUAAAUAUGUAUUAAACUGAUUUAAUAUCACAAAUAUUAAAUACAUACACCUGGUUUUCAUUUGAUCAAUGUUUGAUCUGAACAUAAAAUACAUUUAAAAUAUUUUAUCUGAUUUUUUAUUUCCUUAAAAUUUGUUCCACCAGUCAACAUUGUUUUUUUUUUUAUCUAAUUAACAGGAUUCUUUAGACUUCGGUCAUCGGACUAGAAAAAAAUUCUGAAAUGAUAUCAAUUUAUUACAAGAACUUAUGGAGAUACAUUUCUGUGUUGUGAAAAAAAAUACUUCUGAGAACACAAUCCUGAUCGUAAAAUCACAAUAAUAGACACGCUAUAUUUAAGCAAUCAUUUUAAUCAUGACUUCCCUCAAAACAUCAAAAUAUUUAACAAGUGUUGUUUAAAAUGACAAUUAUAUUUAAGAAACAAAUGCAUGUAAAGUAUUUACUGUUUUUUUUUAAAGUCUCUUGUGCACUUUUUGCCGAUUUAUGAAAGGUUUUUCAACAUUGAAUGAAAAUAUGCAAAAACAUUCAAAAUGAACGAUUAAAUUUGAGCUUUAUUAAAGUAUUUUUGUAAAAAUAUUUAUUACAGUUACAACAAGUAUAUCUUCUAGAAACAAGAAAAUCCUUGUGUCCUUGGUUCUGCCUCUGAUCGUUGACAUUUGUGCUGUAAGAAAAAGCCUCAAAAUAAGAUUCACGCAUUCAGCGGGUCCUUCUAUGGUCGCUCAGGCAAGCGCCUGGAUGUCCCGUCCUUCACUUCCAUGCCAUAGUGCCCCAGUCCGCUUCGCCUGGCGGUGGUUGAGAUGAAAUCUAAGGGCUCCUCUCCUCCUCCUCACCUCCUCACGAGUGUUUGGCUCCAGUCUGAGAUGCAGAAGGACGAUGACGAUGAUGAUGAUGGUUUUAGAUGUUUCAAAAAAAAAAAAAAAAAAAAGAGUCUCAAAGUUCUAAAGAAUCUUUGUCUUCCAAAUAACAUGUUUUCAUUUGACCUCGACUUUCUGUCCGACCCGCUUGCUCCCGAGCGACCGGCCUCAAACCUCGUCAUCUGGCUUGACUCUACCCUUCAUCCAUAGUGGUGUUGGGAGGAGAGCUGGAGGGAGCGAGAGAGCAGGUGCCGUCCGAGGACCUUGCCUAGCUUCUUAUCUGGAGAUGUUCUCAUGUACAGCACAUCGUCUGUGGAGGACUUUCCAAUGAGCCAAGGCUCGGAAAGCUGCGAAGGAGUUCACCUUGAGGCAGUGUGUUGAUUGAAGUGAGAGAGUUUCACGCAUUUUUCAGGGAUUCUUACAUGCGAGAUGAACACAAGACAGGUGACUUUCUGCUUGUUACAUAUUAGGACUGAAAGCGAGAUAUGCUUGAGAGGUUUUCCCAACUGUGCACCAGAUGAAAAAAACCUGAGAGGUUUUCACUUGUGAGUUGCGUGUGAGCUCGAGAAAUUCAUGUGUCUAUGUUUUAGCGCAAGGUUUUCAUUUUGUAUUUUAGCCAGAGGUUUUCACUUUUGAGCAGGACGUUGAACAUGGAAGUAAGAAAACCUCCCGACAUGAGAGGGCAAAAUAUAUUUUUAUAUGUGAGGGCCAUUUUUCACCACACUGUGUGAAAUGUUUUACAUGAGAGCGUGACCUUUUCGUGUUUCACAACAAGUUGUUACGACCGAUUUUUCAUGUUCAAGGGGGUUUUGGGAGAUUUGAAGAUGAUAAAAGUGCUUCGCCGAGGUCUUUUUAACGUUCGAUGUUUUCUACUUGAGUGAGAGGUUUUCACCAGACUGAUUGAACACGUGGCACAAGUGUUGGAUGGAGAGGUUUGUCAGGUUAGUUCAGGGCCGCGCCUGCUCUCCUCUCACCGCCGCCGGAGCGAGUCGGCUCGAACAGAAAGCUUGGAAUUUUCCUUUAAGACCUUGAACAACGUGAGACGCCGAGCGAUGAGAGAGACGUGCAGAUAUAUCCUGUUGGUGUAUGUGGCGCGCAUAUACAAAGAUCAUAUAUGAACUUCACAUGUUUUAAGAGAUAACUUGUUAGAAUUAUAAUAAAGAAAUAAAGUUGCA